UUUUUGUUUCGUCAGAAAUUCUUUAUGUUUGUUGCCUUGGCCCUAUUGGGUUAUGCCGCUGCCGCCCAGUUGCCGGAUUCUGCUACACAGGGUCCAAAUCCCCAGGAUAUAGCCACACCAGAACCGGAAUAUAUUGAUAUUGAAGAGCCCGCACCAGUUGCCCGUGCUCCGGCUCCAGCUCCCAUUCCAGUUGCGGCUUCUGCUCCAAUUCCUAUUGCCCGGCCAGUAGUAUCACGUCCUGUGGCGCGACCUGUUGCCGCCGUUACUCACCAACAAUUCAUCCAGCCACAGCCCAUUCAGCAACUUGUUCAGCGUGCCCAGUACCUGCCUCCCCAGGUUGGACCCCAAUUGGUGCAGCAGCAACUGCCUGGCCAUUCGUUCAGCAGCAAGAGCGGCUAUCAGUACCGUCGCCCAGUCUAUGUAAGACGUUUCUACCGUCUGCGUCGCUAUUAAAACUGUCGCUAUUGAGAUAAAUACGAACAAUAUCAAGGGCGACUUUUAGCACUUAAAUUUGUCUAACCUUAUUUAAUAUAUGUUUUAUUCUAUAAUUUUUUCUACAUA